UCACAUGUAUCGAUACGAGUCUGGAAACUGGCUCAACGUUCCAUUUGAAAUUGAUUCUGAACUCAAAAAUCUGUGACAGUGGCAUGGCGAUGGUGGUUGAUAUGGACGCCAAAGGAGAGUUAGGGUUUCCGUACUGGACUCCAGUUCGUCGACGUUUGAACCCCGAUUCUCCAUUCUUUGCUUAUGGUAACAUUCAGAGGGAGCUCUUCGCCAAACAGGUUGCAUUGGAUUUAACAGAAGAUGAAAAGAAUCAUUUACAGAAUUUGGUGGAUGAGGAUGGCAGGGAUAUUUUUUGUCCCAUUGUUGGAUGUGGUGCACGCUUGACAUUUUUGGAAGACUUUGAAGACCAUUACAAUGCACGGCACGCUGCAUCCUGUUCGGUGUGCUCUAGAGUUUACCCAACUUCUCGCCUGCUCAGCAUACAUGUAUCUGAAGCACAUGAUUCAUUUUUUCAAGCAAAAGUUGCACGUGGCUAUGCCAUGUAUGAAUGCCUGGUGGAAGGUUGUGGUUUGAAAUUCAAGAACGACAAAAGUAGGCAACAGCAUUUGGUUGACAAGCAUAAAUUUCCCAGGGCAUUUGAAUUCUUCAAGAAGGCCCAUCCAUCCAAGAAAGCUAGACAGAAGCACCAGCGUAAAGAAGCAAUUCAAAAGAGGGGAGAGACUUCAUCCAAAAUGGAAGUAGAAGGUGAAACCAUUGAUGGCCUUGUUUCAGCAGUUUCUAGAUUAAGCACUUCAGAUUCUUCUCCUUCUUCUAUCAGCUUUGGUCGCCACCAUACACGUGGUUUCAUAUUUUUACCCAGAGCUGUUAAGCGAGAACAUAGCGCACACAAUGGAACAAAGGGAUAGCCACCUUACAUGCAAAUAACUAGCUUUCUUCCACCAAUACUGUCAAUGGCAUCUGCAUGUAACAAUGAAAGGCUAUAUGAGAGCUGUAGGAGACGGCUUGAAUUUACUUCAGAAGUUGAAAUGGUGGGGACAUGCUGACUGCCUUCUUCUGUCUUACCAAAAAAUUUAUUCUUAGUGAUUUCUGAUAGUAGUUCUUUGUUUUGAUUUCUAUUGAAUUUAAUUUAAUACUUCAGGAUGAUCUGUAUUUGUGGAGUUGAGUUGAAUGUGUAAUCUUUGAGGAAAAGAACCCACUGAUGGUUAAUCGUAAUGGAUUUUAUUCCAUGC